AUGUCGGAAAACCAGACCAACCGGCCGCAUCGCGCGACCAAAGAGAAAAAAGCCGCUCAUACCGGCGACCGUAAUCCCAAGGCUUUUGCCUUUUCGCGUCCUGGAAAAUUGCAGAAGCAGGCCGCUCGUUCGCACGAUGUCAAAGAGAAGCGUCUCCACGUUCCCCUGGUGGACCGCUUGCCCGAAGAAGCUCCUCCCAUCGUCGUUGGUGUUGUCGGCCCUCCCGGAGUAGGCAAGACGACCCUCAUCAAAUCCCUCGUUCGAAGAUACACCAAGCAGCCCAUCACCCAGCCCGUUGGACCCAUCACUGUCGUCACAUCAAAGAGGAGGAGACUCACAUUUAUGGAAUGCCCCGCCGACUCCCUGGCUGCCAUGAUGGACGUGGCCAAAGUUGUCGACAUUGUGCUACUUAUGAUUGACGGAAACUACGGCUUUGAGAUGGAAACGAUGGAGUUCUUGAACGUCUUGUCUUCCAGUGGUAUGCCUGGUAACGUUUUUGGUAUUCUGACCCAUCUCGACCUUUUCCGCAAGCAGGAGGCUCUCAAAGCUCAGAAGAAGCGUCUGAAGCACCGUUUCUGGAGCGAACUCUACUCUGGAGCCAAACUUUUCUAUCUGUCUGGUGUCGUCAACGGCAGAUAUCCUGAUCGCGAGAUUCUCAACCUCUCACGUUUCCUGUCCGUUAUGAAGAACCCUCGUCCUCUUGUUUGGCGCAACAGCCAUCCUUACGCCCUAGCCGAUCGCUUCCUCGACAUUACACCACCUACCAAGAUCGAGGAGGACGCCAAAUGUGAUCGUACAGUCGCUCUGUACGGCUACCUCCGUGGCACCAAUUUCCCUGCCAACGGUGCCCGAGUUCAUGUGCCUGGUGUCGGUGAUCUCAGUGUCUCCAACAUCGAGGCUCUACCCGAUCCGUGCCCAACUCCAUUCCUGGACCAAGCAAUCGCCAAAGCUACCGGCAAGUCUGGCAGAAGGAGGCUCGGAGAAAAGCAAAAGCUCAUCUACGCCCCCAUGUCUGAUGUCGGUGGUGUGCUUGUGGACAAAGACGCCGUUUACGUUGAUAUCAAGAGUCAAACUUUCGACCCCGAGGACGAUGAGCAAGAGCGAGGACUGGGCGAACAGAUGGUUGUUGGUUUACAGGGUGGUCGCAAGCUCCUCGGACAAGCAGAGGGCGGUCUUCAGCUUUUCGGCGAUGGAGAGAAGCUGACUGGUGAAGAUCUUGGUCGCAAGUCUGCUCGCGUUCUGUCAAGACGUAUUGACGACGACGAGGCAAGUCCCGAGGACGAAGGCUUCGAGAGCGGUGAUGAGGAAGAGGAAGAGUACCAGAGUGGAGACUCUGACGCCGAUGAAGAUGCCGACGAGGAUAUGCUUGUUCCCGCUCUCAAGCGCAGAGAAGCUAGCCCCGACGCAACUGGUGAGGAGAUUGCCUUCGCCGACAGUGACUCUGACCUCGGUUCCAUGUCUGAAGCCGAAGAUGUCAGCGACCCAGAGGACUACGACGAAGAUGCUGAAUACAGCGAGGACGAAGACGGCAACCUUCGCUGGAAGAAGAACAUGACUGAGCGUGCCGCUGCCCUUCACCAACGUAGAAUGCCCUACCGCACAGUCGAGCUCGCUCGCUUGUUAUACAACGAUAUGCUUUCAACAGCACAGGUCUUGCGCCAAUGGCGUGGCGAGGGCGACGAGGAAGAAGACAUUGAGGAUGAGGAAGAGGAGGAUUUGUUUGAGAAGAAGAAGCCCAUCGAGGCCGAAGCUGCUCUUGAUCGUCACAUCCCUGCGUACGACAGGACCGAACUCGAGCAGAAGUGGACCGACGAGGAGAACUUAGAAGCCAUCCGCUCCAGAUUUGCAUCAGGCCACAUGCUCAACGGGGGAGACGACGAAGAUGGGUCCGAAGCGGAGUUCAAUGGCAUUGAGGAUGACGAGGAUGAAGGGGACGGUGCUUUCGAGGACCUAGAAACUGGAGAAGUUCACGGUGCUGAAGACGAGGCCCAAGCCAACGGUGCCGACGGCGAGGAAGAGCCAGACUUGGACGCCGAACGUGAGCGCAACGCCAGAAGAAAGGAAGAGCUCAAGCUUCGCUUCGAAGAGGAGGACAAAGAAGGCUUUGCAAACGACAAGGGCAAUGCCAAACGUGAGAGCGGCGAAGACGAGUUCGGUGAGGAUGACUGGUAUGACGCACAGAAGGCUCUUAUCCAGAAGCAGCUCGACAUCAAUCGCGCAGAGUUCGACGCCCUGGAUGAGCAAUCUCGUGUGAGGGUUGAGGGCCAUAAAGCAGGUACCUACGCUCGUAUCGUUCUGGAGAACGUGCCUUGCGAGUUUGUUGAGAAGUUCAACCCUCGAUUCCCUGUCCUUAUCGGUGGUCUGGCACCUACCGAAGACCGUUUCGGCUACGUUCAGAUUCGCAUCAAGCGUCACAGAUGGCACAAGAAGAUCUUGAAGACAAAUGAUCCCCUCAUCUUCUCCCUUGGAUGGAGGCGUUUCCAAAGCAUGCCUAUGUACAGCAUCUCAGAUUCCCGGACGAGGAACCGCAUGCUCAAGUACACACCUGAGCACAUGCAUUGUUUCGGAACCUUCUAUGGCCCGCUAAUAGCGCCUAACACCGGCUUCUGCUGUGUGCAGUCAUUCUCCAACAAGAACCCUGGUUUCCGAAUUGCUGCUACUGGUGUGGUUCUCAAUGUCGACGAGUCGACUGAAAUUGUCAAGAAGCUCAAAUUGACUGGUCACCCUUAUAAGAUUUUCAAGAACACGGCAUUCAUCAAGGACAUGUUCAGCACCUCUCUCGAAAUUGCAAAGUUCGAAGGUGCUAGCGUGCGUACCGUCUCUGGAAUCCGUGGUCAGAUCAAGAAGGCACUCAGCAAACCGGAAGGCAACUUCCGUGCUACAUUCGAAGACAAGAUUCUCAUGUCAGACAUCGUUUUCCUGAGAGCUUGGUACCCAGUCAAGCCUCACCGCUACUACAACCCCGUAACCAACCUACUGGAUGCCGACGUGAACAGCGAAGGAUGGCAGGGAAUGCGUCUGACCGGCCAAGUCCGCCACGCUCUCGACAUUGCCACUCCCAAGGACAAGAACUCAGCCUACCGUACUAUCGAACGCCAGGAGCGUCACUUCAACCCUCUACGUGUGCCUCGCAAGGUGGCUGCUGAGUUGCCUUUCAAGUCUCAAAUCGUUCAGAUGAAGCCCCAGAAGAAUGAGACAUACAUGCAAAAACGUGCGGUUGUUGCUGGCAAGGACGAGAAAGAGGCCAGGAGACUGCUUCAGCAAGUUCAGACAUUGAGGAACGAGAAGGUUGCGAAGCGCCGUGCCAAGCAAGAGGAGCGCAAGCAGCCGUACCGUGCCAAGGUGGCUGAGAAUAUCGAGAAGAGAGCCGAGAGAGAAAAGAAGGAGAAGGAAGAAUACUGGCGCAGAGAAGGCAAGAAGAGAAAGGGCUGGAACGAUGGCGAAAGUGGUGGUGGCGGUAAGAGAAGAAGG